AUGUUUUUUAGACGCAAGGCUAUGGAUGCUGGCAAGCGUCCUGCGUUCCACGAAGGCCAUGCAGCACCAUUGAUUCAGAUCCUCGCAUGGCUAUUCCUUGCCUUCUCGAUACUAGCAGUCGUAGCGCAAUUCGCGACGAAGAAAGCCAUGUCAAAGCGUUUUGUCGAAGCCGACUUUGUGCUCCUAGUGGCCUUGGUCUUCGCAGCAGGACAGGCAUCGACUCUCCUCAGUCCAGCGGGUCAGCCGAUUGGGAAUCUACAAUCCGGCCUCGAACCAGAUCAAAUUGAUGGGGCCUGGAAGGCUCUGUUCAGCAGCGAGAUUCUGAGCGUGCUUGCGAUCGUUGCCGCCAAAGGCUCUUUGCUCGUCUCGCUGACGUCAGUAACGCCUGUCGACACACACAGGAGGAUGAUGCGCGCUACAGGUGUUUUGACCGUGCUAUGGGGAUUGAGCGCUGUGUUCCUUAUCGCCUUCCAAUGUCCGUCUCCGCAAAGAUGGGAUAUCACGGACCCGAGGUGUAUGGACCUCGUAAGUUUGAUCAUCUGCAUAUCCUGGUAUAAAGCAGUGGCUAAACCCAUUCAGCGCGCCGUACGCACCUACAAUGCUGUCAUGAACAUCGUAACCGACCUUGCGCUCGCCGGUGUACCGACACUGAUGGUCCUACCGCUGCAGAUUACCCCGGAAAAACGUUUCACGCUCAUCACAGGCUUCUGCUCACGCAUAGUGUAA